GACGCCGGACUAGCGAACCAGCGAACCCGACCAUUGGCGGACGGAUUGUGAGACACCCAGAGAGCCAGAGAUCUCGGGAGUGUAUGAAGCUGACUAUCAAGUUCAGGCUCUCUUCGCCACGUAAAGUCGGUCUACGUUAGAUCACGAUGAGUACAUCAGAGUCUUUAGAUCGUAUGGAAGUGUGUGAAAGCCUCUUAACAUGGAUCCAGACAUUUGGAGUAGAGGCUCCAUGCAAGACUGUAGAAGACCUGACAAGUGGUGUUGUCAUGGCACAAGUUCUACAGAAAAUAGAUGUAGUGUAUUUUAGUGAUGCUUGGAUUAGUAGAAUCAAGCCAGACGUCGGAGACAACUGGAGGUUAAAGAUCAGCAAUCUAAAGAAAAUCUUGAAAGGCAUCCUAGACUAUAUCCAGGAGGUCUUAGGCCAGGAUAUUAAUGACUUCCCACUACCUGAUGUUAAUCUUAUUGGAGAACACUCUGAUGCAGCUGAGCUUGGAAGGAUGUUACAACUUAUAUUGGGCUGCGCUGUCACCUGUGAACAGAAACAAGAAUACAUCAAAACCAUAAUGGUGAUGGAAGAAUCGGUGCAGCAUGUUGUCAUGACUGCCAUCCAAGAGCUGAUGACUAAAGAGACUCCAGCUACAGGAGGAACUGACUCAUAUGUGGAUCUGGACAGACAGCUGAAGAAGACAGUUGAGGAGCUGAAUGAUGCUUUGGCUACCAAGGAAGAGAUUGCCCAGAGGUGUCGCGAGCUUGACUUGCAGGUGGCAGCCCUGCAAGAGGAGAAGAGCAGUUUGCUAGCAGAAAACCAGGUCUUAAUGGAGAGACUUAACCAGUCUGACUCCAUAGAGGAUAUAAACAGCCCUGCUGGACGCAGACAUCUUCAGCUGCAGACGCAACUGGAGCAGCUACAGGAAGAAACCUUCAGGUUGGAGGCAGCAAAAGAUGAUUACCGGAUCCGUUGUGAGGAGCUGGAAAAAGAACUUUUGGAUGUGAAGUCCCAGAAUGAAGACCUUACAUCACUGGCUGAUGAGGCCCAGUCUCUAAAAGAUGAGAUUGAUGUCCUCAGGCACUCAUCUGACAAGGUGUCAAAACUGGAGGGCACCGUGGAACACUACAAGAAGAAACUGGAGGACAUGGGACUGCUCAGAAGACAAAACAAGCUUAUGGAAGAGAAAACCACAGCUUUAAUGCAGGCUAAUGUUGGCUUAGAGGAAGAGCUACGAAAGGCAAAUGCUGCCAAAGCCCAGUUGGAGACAUACAAGAGACAGGUGGUUGAACUUCAGAACAGACUGUCAGAGGAGUCUAAAAAGGCGGACAAGAUGGAGUUUGAGUAUAAACGCCUCAAAGAGAAAGUCGAUUCUUUACAAAAAGAAAAAGAUCGUAUGCGAAGUGAGAGAGAUUCAUUGAAGGAAACUAUUGAGGAAUUACACUGUGUUCAAGCUCAAGAGGGACAGUUCACAUCAGGUUUAUUCCCAUUGGGUAGCAACGAUGGUUCUGAUUCACUGGCUGCUGAGAUCACCACUCCAGAGAUGCGAGAACACGUGAUUCGUCUUCAGCAUGAAAACAAGAUGCUGAAACUGGCUCAGGAGGGAUCAGACAAUGAGAAGAUCGCUCUGUUGCAGAGUCUACUCGAGGAUGCCAACAGGAGAAAAAAUGAACUGGAGACAGAGAACAGGUUGAUAAAUCAGCGCUUGAUGGAGGAACAGAGUCAGAUAGAGGAGCUACAAAAGAAUCUUCAAGAACAGGGUUCAAAAGCAGAUGAUUCUUGUAUUUUGAAGAAGAAAUAUGAGGAGCACAUGGAAAAAGUACAAGAGCUGAAUAAUGAGCUGCUGAAGAAAAAUGCCUUCAUUGAUGAAAUGGAGCCGAAAUACAACACCAGCAUCCAACGAGUGGAGGAGCUGGAAGAGGCCUUGAAGAAAAAAGAUGAAGACAUGAAACAGAUGGAGGAGCGAUACAAGAAAUACCUCGAAAAAGCCAAGAGUGUAAUCCGAACACUGGACCCCAAACAGAACCAAGGUUCAGGUCCUGAAGUCCAAGCCCUGAAAAACCAGCUGCAGGAGAAGGAGAGGAUGUUGCAUUCACUGGAGAAAGAAAUGGACAAGACAAAGAGCCAAAGAGAUCACGAGGAGAAACUGAUUGUGUCAGCCUGGUACAAUAUGGGUAUGUCUCUGCAGAAGAAGGCUGCUGAAGAUCGACUCGCCAACACUGGUUCUGGUCAGUCUUUCCUGGCCCGGCAGAGACAAGCCACCAGCACCCGACGCCAGUAUCCUGGUCACGCCCAGUCAGCUACCGCCAGCAAUGUCCCUGCAUGACUGGCACACCAAUGACCUGCCCGAGCCUUGUGUAGCCUGGCCAGUUCUUUAUGUGGCCUACACUGACCCCCAGCUGGGCUAGGCUGUGGCACGCGUGCAUGAACUACCUACCUGUUUGCAUGACUUUGCAUUGACUCAAGUCUGCGAAUAACCAGCGCACUAGCAGCAGCGCGAGCACUAACAACCCUCUGCGGUGUCACGCAUUAUAACCUCCAGACAAGCCCGGGGAGGAACGGGAUUGGAAAAGAAAACCUUCGCUCUCCUUUCCCCUGUUAAUUUUUCCACCAUUCCGACUCCUUUCCCCACACCCUGAUGCUCUUUGUUACAUUCUCUCCUCCUCCCCUCUUGUAGCCUUCAUAAACAUGCCUGCUUGUUUGCUUCCACACUGCAUCAAGUCUGUUACACCUAUGUUACAAACAACCAGGAAAAAGGAGUGGAGUAAGCCAGUUAUCUGUCAGUCAAGUUUUGGGUUUAAAUAGGCCUGUUCUCUAGUAUUUAUGUCUAACUUGAUUUUGUUUGGCUGCUUAGGGAUACCUCAAUGACAUAUUCCUGCAUACUCUGUUUAUUUGUGUGGCUCGAGGAUUGGGGUAAUAUUUGAGAGGUAUAACCGGCAAAUCGGUAUGCAUAACAAAAUAGGACUCCAUUCUGUUUUUAACUUCUACAGUAAGUAUUUUUAUGAAAGCCCUGAACAUGUUGCUAGAUUGCAUCUUAAAAGUGCUUUUACCUCAAGUAUUGAAUGCAACCAGUUUUGGACUAAAGGCAACAAUGCUGCCCGAAAAGUGUUUGCAGAGAUAUAAAUAUAAAGUGUUUAAAUGAAAGACAUUGUUACAGAUGUGUUUUGAAAAGCAGUAAAAGCCCCCAUUA